AUGGCUUCCGUGGCUUCCAAAAGACUUUCCGGCAAAACAGUGCUGAUAACCGGGGCCAGUUCUGGAAUCGGGAAAUCGACGGCGCUUGAGUUCGCAAGAGCGUGUCCGACGGACCUCAAGCUGGUUCUCACAGCUCGUCGGGUCGACAACCUCAAACAGAUCGCUGCAGAGAUCGCAAAGGAACUUGGCGAUGGAGUCAAAGUCCUACCGGUCCAACUUGAUAUCAGCAAGUCGAACCAGGUCCGCGGUUUCGUGAAGAGGUUACCGGCCGAGUUCCAGCAGAUUGAUGUCUUGGUGAACAAUGCUGGUCUGGUGAAAGGCGUAGCCAGAGCCCCAGAAAUCGCCGAAGAAGACAUGAGCGUCAUGAUGGCCACGAACGUCAAUGGCCUGGUCAACAUGACACAGGAAGUGCUGCAAGGCAUGCUUGAGCGGAACGGUGGCGAGGGUGCUGGCGACAUUAUCAAUAUCGGGUCCAUUGCUGGCCGGGAGCCCUACCCCGGUGGUAGCAUAUACUGCGCCACCAAAGCUGCCGUGCGAGCCUUCACGGAGAGUCUGCGGAAAGAGCUCAUUGCGAAGCGGGUGCGGGUAAUUUGCGUAGAUCCGGGUCAGGUCGAGACUGAGUUCUCACUUGUGCGGUUCUACGGUGACCAAAGCAAGGCGGAUGCUGUAUACGCGUAA